AUGCCACCGCAAUUCAAACCUAGUUUGUUGGAGGUAGUGUCAUCCGUAGCGCCUGUACCAGGGACGCGAGGUCAGUUCACCGUCACAAUCACCCGAGAUUGGUGCACUCAACAUUCUGUUUUGGGAGGAUUCUCCGCGGCGGUCAUGUUGUCCGCUGGUCGGAAAUUCCUCGCACAGGAGCUGGGCGAUGGCCUUUAUCCCGACCCCGUGCAUACCUUUCUACAGUUCCUCCGGGAAGUCCACCCGGGCGAGUGCACCAUUACCUGUACCAUCUCACGAACCUCAUCUCGACGAUGCGUCGUCACGGUUGAGUUGAAACGUGCUGCUGCUGCUGCUGCUUUAAAGGACCAGAGAGAAACCCCGAAUACAACAGGAUCACCAUCACUUAUAACCACUACCCUCGGCGUUUUCACUUAUGCCGAUAUCUCCAAAGAGCAAGGCCUCACCCAAGAGCCCCAUCCCGCAUCAACAAAAGUAGCAGCAGCAGCAAUCAGACCACCAUUACCCAACCGACAAACAGAAUGCACCACCAUCGACAACCCCGUUGUCGACGCCACUCCGGUAACCCGCAAGAUGCAUUGGGUUGCACCCCGCUCCGCCAACGGACUCUGGGGCCAUCGUCUCGGGGGACACAACCGCGAAGUAUGGCUCUCCUUCCGCGAUGGGACCAAAUUCUCCGACAUUCUACAUCUAGCAUACCUCUCGGACCUGCCCCUCCAUCCCGCAGCAACCCAUACCCCCGACUUCUACGCCAAGCACGCCAUCACCACCCUGUGUCUGUCGAUCGAGUUCAAGAGACGGCCCGAUCCGGCCACGGAAUGGGUUCUGACCCGCUCCACCUCGUAUCAGAUCGCGCGCGGUCGCUACGAUGUGAGCCUGCAGAUCUAUGAUGAGUCCGGUGCGCUCCUUGCGUUGAGUCAACAUGUGGUUCUCGUCACGGAUCUGAAGCCCGUGCGGGCGGGGGGGAGGUUGUGA